CUCUCAUCUCCAUCCUCAAGUUCUUGUUGGGCUCGGCGUUACCGUCGUCGUCGUCGCUGCUGCGUCAGUGUACAUCGAGAAGUCCAUGCCGCCAAGAUGGACCAAGUGCACUCCCUUGUGCCGGUCUACAUCCUCCAGGUUCUGUCGUCCAGGUUCAUUUAAUCCAAGUCAACCAUUCACGCCAUCCUAUCUCCCACUGUGCUUCCCCAGGGCUUUCCACCUCACCAAGCCGCUCUCUGAAGUUGGUGUGGUUCCUCUACGCAAGGAACUCAAGGAUGCUGCAAAGGCAGCCCGGCUAAAGGGACACGCGCCCGCGCCAAAGGCUGUGGAUGUCUUGGAUGACUGGGAAUUGACCGUUGGUAUUGAGAUUCAUGCUCAACUGAAUAGUGCUACCAAGCUAUUCUCACCCGCAAUUGCUUCUCCGUCCCUCCCUCCAAACACGGACGUUGCUCAAUUCGAUAUCGCGCUUCCUGGCAGCCAGCCAGUGCUUCAGCAUGCCGUCCUCCUUCCUGCCCUACGAGCAGCACUAGCACUUAAUUGUGUUGUACAGCUCGUGAGCACUUUCGAUCGAAAACACUACUUCUACCACGAUCAACCGGCCGGUUACCAAAUUACCCAAUACUAUCAACCUUUGGCCAAAAAUGGGCAUCUCACCUUGAAUACCGAGAACGACACAGAGCCGCUCAAAGUGCGCAUCAAACAAAUUCAGUUGGAGCAAGACACGGCCAAGUCUCAAGAGUUAGAUGAAGAAACCACACUCAUUGAUUUCAACCGUUCUGGUCAGGCUCUCAUUGAGAUCAUAUCAAUGCCGGACAUACAUUCUCCCACUGACGCUUCCGCUUAUGUGCGCAAAGUGCAAGCUAUUUUGCACGCAGUUGAUGCAGUCACUACGGGCAUGGAGGAGGGAGGGCUUCGUGCGGAUGUCAAUGUUUCGGUCCGCCGUCGCGAUUCGACAGACGAUGCCGGGCAUUCUUACGCCGGGGUUCAAGACUUGGGGCAAAGAACAGAGAUCAAAAAUUUGAGUAGUCUGGCUGGCAUUGAGCACGCUAUCAGGGCUGAAAGAGAUAGACAGAUUGCGGUACUGACGGCAGGAGGCGCGGUCGAGGCGGAGACAAGAGGCUGGUCAGUCACAAAUCCACACGAAACGAGAAGACUCCGAGGCAAAGAAGGGGAGGUCGACUAUCGAUAUAUGCCGGACCCAGAUAUUCAACCUCUAUAUCUUCAUGCGGGCCUGAUCGAUACCUUGGAGAGGACACUACCUCCUUCGCCAGAUAAGCUCAGCACGAUGCUCCUCGAGCACUACGGGGUCUCACCAUCAGACGUGAGCGCCCUUCUCACCUUGGACGACGGGGAGCGGCUAUUCUACUUCCAGACCGUGGUCCGCGAGAUAUCGUAUCUGUACGGUCGCGCGGUUCCAACAGAGAUCCUGGGCAAAUAUGUGUCCAAGUGGGUUUUACACGAGCUGGGAGCACUGCUGUCCACAGAAGAAGCGCAAUGGUCUCCUCUUGACGUCCUAGCAGUUGACCUUGCUCAGAUCCUCUAUCGCCUCGAGCAGGGCAAGAUCACCCACCCCUCAGCCAAGUUGAUUUUGAAACUCAAGUUCAAUGGUGACAAACGUCAUGUGGUAAAAAUUAUCGAAGAAGACGGACUAGCAUUUGUCAGUCUGUCAACAGUGCAGUACGAAAAGAUUGCACAGGAAGUCAUUGACGAACAUCCUCAAAUCAUCAAGGACAUCCAAGAGCAUGGGAAGUUGGGCAAAAUCCAGUUUCUGAUGGGCAAACUUUUAAGGCAUCCAGACAAAGGAAAGAUGCAGCCUAAAGAGGCUGAGAAAGUUCUACGUCGUUUAAUCCUCGGAGAAGAAUGAUUGUUUCAUCUCGUGGUAAAGAUCAGACUGAGACAAGCUGACUCAGACGUGGACACGGAUUGCAAUCCGUAGCCCCCGUGUGCCCAAUAAAUAUCUCACCCAAGUGUCGAUGCAGCCUGGGACUGUUCGGGUCGUGAUGACGACGUGUUAGGCCCAGAUUUGUGUCAAGCAUCGAACAGUAUCGAGUCAGAUAGGCAAUCAGCACUCGGCGCUCAAUACAAACACAGUUCAGGCCACACCAUAUGCCUAAUGACUCGACGUACUGGUGUGAGUAAGAAUAUUCCACAUAAUCGUCCAGAAACAUGGCUCAGAGCCUGAAAUCGACUAUGAUGAAAUCUCCCACCAAGUCACGUUGAACGCUGAACGUUGAACAUUUAACACGGGUUCGCAUCGACAAGACCGAGUCGACGGUUAUCGCCCAAAUUUGCUCGACUCGACCGAGUCGACAGCUUGUUUUUUUGCCGUUGGUAUGGGGACCCCGCAUUUGGACAGGGACACACUCGGGCAUCGGGCAUCUGAUUCAUAUUCCGCUUAGGCUAUCCAUGUAAAACCAUGCACAAACAUCGAUCCAUGCUCUCGAGCGGGGCAUGGACCCCAAGAGCUUUGGUAACCGGAGACACAAGAUUGGCCCGGCUGCUGACUGUCGGGGAGUCAAGCCUUGGAACUCCUCCAUCAAAGAUCCAUCAACCGCCUCUACAGAGCACGUAUCCUCGAUUGAGGCAUACCAGUAGGCGCAUCCCCUCAGCUGCGUCCUUUUGGAUUGCCCGAAAUUCCAUCGUACGCAGCAUCAAGCAAUUCUUGAGGGCCGAGAAGUUAUGAGCGUCAUCAAACCUCCAAGCACAGCCAAUAAAGAGUCUAUUUUUGACGCUUUCUUGUCCAGCCCCGGAUUCGCCCCGGUAUGUCAAAGGCUCACUUCCGUCAUGCUCAUUCGCAGUUGAGUAUGGGUUUCAUGGUGUCACAUCAAACCCUCGGAUAUGGUACACAAGACCAAAGCUUGCUGAUCCCCUCGUCUCACCGAGUGACUUGCCUUAUAGAAGAACAUAUAAGAAAAUACAAAAAGACUCUU